AUGGCCAGGAAGCGGCGCACCAAGAAGCGUAAGGGUACCAGCACACGACCAGACCCCGCGCAGGGCGCCUCGUCCAGCAUGUCCACCACCGACGACCUCGCAUCUUAUUCGAGCGACGGCCUGUCGAGCGGCUUGCGCGGCGAGAGCGAGAGCGCCGCCACCGAGAUGACGAGCGUCAUGGGCAGCACCGAGGAGGGCUCGCAGGGCGGUCUGGAGGCCGACGAGGAGUGGAAUUCGCAAGAGGAGGAAGGGAUGGAGGUCGACGACGACGAUAAUUUCUCCGUUUUCGCGCCCAGCCAUUACCCUCGACCGAGCGAGUCGCAUCGGACGGAGAUGCCCUAUAUGACGUCGCCGAAUCACCAAGACAUGUCGUCAACGCGAUCUUUCAUGGAACGAGAGCUGGAUUAUCAAUGGGAAAACGGUCGUCGGUAUUGCGGAUCCCACUACCACCUACCAAACGAUGAGUGGGAAAUGUGCCGCAUGAGCUUAAUCCACAGAGUCUACCUCCACGUUUUCGACGGCAAGCUGAGCACGGUACCGAUGGAGAACCCGCAGAGGAUUUUAGACGUCGGCACGGGCAUUGGCGAAUGGGCGAUAGGCAUGGCGGACGAACUUCCCAACUGCGAGGUCAUUGGCACCGACAUUUCCGCCAUAGCGCCCACGUCAAUACCGAUGAACUGCUUCUUCGAAGUCGACGACGCUGAGCUGGAAUGGGAACGCGAGCUCAACUCGUUCGACUUGGUGCACUUCCGCCACAUGAUGGGAGCGUUCCUGGAUUGGAGCUUCAUCUAUAAGGAGGCCUUCAAGGUCAUUCGGCCCGGCGGCUGGAUCGAGCUAUUGGACUGGGACGACCAACAGGGGUUCAAGAAAUUCCUCUCAGAGUUCCCGCCCACCUCUGAGAUCCACGAGCUGUCGAGAGACCUUACGCAGGCGGGCGUCAAGGCCGGGCGAGCGAGGGGCGUCGCUCACAUGAACCCGAAGUUAUUGACGGACGCCGGAUUCACGGAUAUCAGGCUGACGGAGCAUACUAUACCUAUUAAUCUCGAGUCGAGCGAGGGCAAGCUGUGGCUGAUUGCCUGCAUCGACGGCCUGGAGGCGGAGUGCCUGCGGCCGCUCACCAAGUACAUGGGGUGGGAACCGGAUCACGUCAAGACGGCGUGCCAUAAUGUCGCCAGGGAGAUGGCUCGCCUAGCGAGAGAUCCGGUCAAGUCGCAUGGUCUUAUCGUCAAGGCCCGCGUGUUGGUCGGAAGAAAGCCGACGACUGCGGUCACGCCGCCGAGGGUCUACCCGAUUUUUAACGAGGAUGCGGAUGAGACGGACGAUACCGCAAAAGAGGAUAAUCACAGCAGACACCGUGGCGAUGAAGACGCUCACGAUUCUGCAAUCGAGGCGGCGGCUUGA